AUGGAAAUUAGGGUUUUAGUUAAUCAUGUGGAAGCCUGCGUUUCUUCUUCCUCAAAAUGCUAUGGUAGGGUGGAUUUCGGUUUCUCAGUGUAUGGAAAAAUGUUUAAGCUUGGUUAUAAGCCCGAUUGUGCUAUAAUUAAUACUCUAGUAAGGGGGCUUUGUGAUUAUGGUAACAUUUGUGAGGCAGAAAAGCUUGCUCAUGGCAUUAUGAAUGAUGGAUUACAACCAACUGUUGUAACCAUUGGUACCAUAGUAAAUGGGUUUUGCAAAAGAGGCGACUCACAAGCUGCUCUUCUUUUUUUCCAAGAUGCAGACAAAACUAUGGGCUGUCAACCAAGCACAACUGAGUAUAAUAUACUCAUCAAUGGUCUUUGCAAAGAUGGCCAUGUUACUCAAGCUUGUGAGAUUUAUAUAGAAAUGAUCAACAAAGGUAUUUUGCCAGAUGUUGUAACAUUCAAUACUUUGAUUCAAGGUGUUCGUAAUUCAGGUCAAUGGGAAGAUGCAGAUGGAUUAUUGAUUGAAAUGGAAACUCAAGGCAUUUCAUACGAUGUAGUCACAUGUAGCAUUCUAGUUGAUUAUCUAUGUAAAAAAGGCGAGAUUGAAGGAGCACAUAUAAUGAUUAAAUCAAUGUUGGAAAGAGGAAUGAAGCCUGAUACUUAUACAUACACUUCACUAAUGCAUGGCUACUGUUUGCCUGGUAAAAGAAAUGAUGUUAGAAUGAUAUUCAAGAUUAUGAUUACACAAGGGUGUGUGCCUAGUGCUUUCACCUUCACUACACUAAUUCAUGGAUAUUGUUUGCUUGGAAAAAUGGAUGUUGCUAGAAAGAUCUUUGAGUUUAUGAUUGGAGAAGGGUAUGCGCCAUGUGUAUAUAGCUAUAGUGUCUUGAUUGAAGGGUACUGCAAUAGUAAAAAGAUGGCAUGCAUAGAAAAAGCCAAAGACCUUAUUAGUGAAAUGCAUGGAAAGGGAAUUGUUCCUAAUAUAGUGACCUACACCUCUCUUAUAAAUGGUCUUUGUCACGUGGGAAGACUCAAAGAGGCAUUAGUGCCUCUUAAAUAUAUUCUGAAUCAGGGUAUUUAUCCAAAUAUAUUUACUUACUCUACUUUGAUAGAUUCUUAUUUAAAAAAUGAGAAAAUGGAUGAGGCCCUUAAGUUAUUUAAAACUAUGGAAGGUAUUGGCAUUAAACCUGACAUUGUUGUUUGCACUAGCCUCAUUGAUGGUAUGUGUAGGGCUGGGAAAGUCGAUGGUGGCUAUCAGGUUUUUCUUAGACUUGCUGCAAGUGGUUUGCAACCAAAUUGUCAUACUUAUAAUGUCUUGAUGGGUGGAUUUUUUAAGACUGGUUAUCUUAAGGGCGUGAAUGAUCUGCUUAAAAAAAUGGAGGUUGAAGGUUGCAUGAUGGAUGGUGUUACUUAUAAUUUAGUCGUUCAGGGAUUUCUUCAAUAUCGCGAGACAAAAAGGGCACUUUUAUGUCUUGAAAGCAUGCUUGAUGCUGGUUUCUCUGCAAAUUCAGGCACAUUAAAUGACCUAGUGAAGUUAUUGCACACAGAAGAGUUGGAUAAGGCAUCAAAACAAGUAAUUAAGAAGUCUUUCAGCUAA